UUUUGUUCUUUUGAUUUUGCUUAUAGGGAUGAAUGUUUUUGCAUGGAGAUUCACGCACCAGAAGAGUUCUCGUUGUGAUGUUUCGUCCAACACCUUCAGUACUAUAUUAACGCAGACUACACCUAAACAAACUAAGAAUUAAAUGCUCAACAACAUAGAAACCAACAAGCUAAACAUAAACUAAAAUCUCAGAAAUAGAUUGCCUAAGGUGCAAGCUGCUUCCUUGGAACUUUUCCCCCGGUGAUUUUCCUAGCGAUUUGCUUGGAACGAGCCAUAUUGAAAUCAAACAAUCAAAUUGCUAGAAUUUUCUUUCAAUAACGAAGGCUGACCAAUGUGCUGGUUUUUAUGGAAAAAAGAAAAGAGUUAUUAACACUCAAAGUCAGUUUUCAUGUUUUUAUUACACUAUAGGUCAGUUUCAGCUACCAAAGUAAUUUUUAUAGGUUAUUUACAUAUUUGUUUCUAACUAAUUGUUAACAAUAGUGGUUUCUAGUUUCUUUCUUUUAUGUGCUGACCAAUUCUUAUUUUAAAUGAUAUUAAAUUUUAUAAUUGACAAAAAGCAGACAAUUACUUUUUAUUUCUAGCAAUAUAUUCACAUUUCUCAACAGUGAAAAAAAAAUUUCUUUUGCGAUGAUCGUAAUUUCAGCCGAUCCCACAAAAGACGCGGUGAUAUCACAGUGUAGACGAUUGGGUAACCGAUAUAUAAGUAUUUGGUGGAGAAGAGCUAUGGCAAUUUGGAUAUAAUAUGCCAAAGCUUGAAAUUAAAACUUGUUUUCUGUUUUUUUCUCUUGGUUUUGGAUUCUAAUCGGUUAAUCUAUAUAAUAUUUGUAAGUUCUAAAGGUAAAACGCAAAACCAAUGAAGAUUUCAUUAUAAAAAUCAACGGCGGUUGUGAGUUAUAUUUGCAGAAAACACAGAAAACCAUGAUAUGAAAAAGAUGAAAUUAUUACAAAAUUGCCACUCAUUAAAAAAAGAUUUUUUUUAAGAUUGGAUAACCACGUAGACGUGUACAUAAUGUUAGUGUACACAUGUUUGGGUACACAAGUACAUUGGAUGACCACGUGGAUGUGUACAUAAUGUUAGUAUACGCAUGUACAUGUUAAAGUGAUAAAUUUGUCUUUGUAGGUAUAAGGACAAGGAAGCGUGGUUUACGUGAAUAAAAAAUGUUCUCGUUGUUUUGAAUGAGACUUACUUUAGAUCUUGAUAGCAUAUGUGUUAUAUUUCUGACUUUGUUUAUGUGACAUAUAUUAUGGAUGUACACAUGUACAAUAUUUGGUGUACGCAUGUACAAUAUUAUAUAUUCUUGAUGUACAUAUAUACUUGAAUCAUGUCUCACUAUUGUUUGUAAAAAGAGAAAUACUAUGGGCCAUAAUGAUAUUUGAUGUGUACAUACAAAAACUACUCAUGUGUACAUAUAUGAUAUCUCAUGUUUUUAAUGACUUUUAGCAUUUUGUUUUAAAUAUUUUAAUCAUUUUGAUUGUAUAUUAGUCCAGAUUGCAACAUUAAAAAGUAUUGAGGUAAAUUUGUGAAGCAAUUUGAUCAGAUUAGAAGUUUGAGGCAUAUUAUGAAAGAAACAGUAAACUAGAGGACCAAAAUUGCAAAAAUGUGAUACUCUUCCAUUGAUAUUGCAGAUCGCACUUCUUGCCAGUAUCGUUGACGACAACGGAGUUGAUGAACAAUACACAAAAUUCAAUUCAUCUUCAUUGUGCGUGUGUGAUAAGGUCUUAUAGCAUACAUGUGUAAAGAAAAUAUGGUGGUGUACAUGUGUACGAGAAAUAUGAUAGUGUACAUAUUUAAAACAACCAUAAAUUAAUCAAGCUAAGACCAACCAUAAAGCUAGCAUGAAAACACACACACUAAUCAGAAGUUCUUAAACAAGGUAUGAAUGAUGAUAUUUAGGUUCAGUCAGAUUUCAAGGAUGCUUCGACCCUGCGUGUACAUGGGAAGAAAGAAAAAACUUCACAUGUACAUUGUGUUAGCAUUAUGUGAGUUCAUGAAGUCGCAGAAGCUUAAUUAUUUAGAUAGAAAACCUACAAAAAGCCAAAAAUGUGUACACAAUCACUUUGAUGUAUAAUACAAAAUUAAGUGUACACAUGUACAGUUUGAAUGUAAUGUACACACGACUUUUUUUCUUUAAUGUUGCAAAAUUACAAAAAUAAUCUCAUCUUCUUCCUUAGCCAUUGUCGACCAGAAACCUUAAUCUCUGCAUAUCUCGCCUAUUUUCCACGAUUUUUUACAUUCUCAACUUGUUUUUUAUGUAUUUUUACCCAAAUGUGAUAGAUUUCAAUCCUAAUUCAUGGCAAUAAUGAGUCAGAGUGGCGAGAAGAUGUUUAUGGUAUAGACGAGAGUCUCCAACGUCUCUACCGUUGAUGUUGCCGUCGAAUACGCAUCACUACACCACCAUCAGUCAAGUAUCUUCAUAUAUCUCAAAAUAUAGCUUAGGAAAAAAGACAAUGAUUAAAGAUAACUUUUCUGGAAAAAUGAAUUUGGAAGAAUCAUAUUUCAUUUCCGAAAAUUACAGAGAAGUAUAAAGGGAAAGAGGAAGAAGAAGGUUACAGAAUCCCACUUUAUUUUAGUUAGUGUAAUGAGUAUUAGCUGUCAAUGUUAUUUAGUUAGUUUACGAGUGAAAAUGAAAUUUAGUUAGAAAAAAGUGUCUGAGUAGUAAUAAGUGUCUUAUUGUGUUAAUAAAACUCAUAAACUAUCUCUCAAUGUAAUUCUUUCAAAAGAAAAUGGCAAGUGAGCUGCCAAAACAAGGAUAUUAGCUAUCUAUAGUAGACUACAUCAUUGUAUUUGGUCGAAGUCUGUAGAGGUUAAAAGCCUUUGUACUAAGAUUUGGAUGAAUGAACGAGAUACUGAGUUAAAAAAAAAAAAAAGCUAUCUAUGGCUGAGACUUUCUAGAUGUCAAUCCGCGUGUUCUCUUAUCAACCAAUUAAAACAGUCCAUAUGAAGCAUUCUACCUAUCCGUGUGAUUAUUAAAACAGUCCACUAGGCUACCUAAAAUUUUCAAUUAUAAUUGAUUCUACAAAUGUAACUAAAUCAGUAAAAUAGCGUUUGAUUAACAUAAGUAGAGUUUAAAAAAUCUUGUUUACCCUAUAUUUAAGUUUGUCAAUUUUAAAAGUGGAAGAUAAAAACGUAAGAUUAGAUACCAUGAUUAGGUAGUAAAAUGGUGAUUCACGAAAAUGUGAGUUAAAUCAUCUGAUCCACAACAUCUAACUCCAGAUUUAGCUUCCCAACUGCUAAUAAUAAUAAUAAUCACUCAUAGACAAAAACAUGAAACUCUCUUUGCUUCUGAAAUACCUCACAAAGAUUAAACUUCAAUUAAUUUGCAUUGUUGCUGAAAGAAGACAUAAGAGAAUAUCGUCUUUCUUGUUCAGGUCCUGGAAUUUGUUGGUUUUUGUAAGUUGUUUUUCUUUAACAGCCCAUCAGUAUUUUGCGUACAGUCACUUGGUUUCAAUAAUUUCUAUGUGAAAAGCUUGCUUUUCUUUUUUUAAAGAUUUUGUAAGCUCAGGAAAAGGAGCUUGACGGAUCUUGAAACAGAGGAUGUGUUACACGCUUUAAUGGAUGCAUAACUUGCCGUUACAAGUUAGUUAUGAGCCGAUGACGUGUCGUUGUCUCAUUGGUUCCAGGAUAUUACUUUGGCGUGAAUCAAAGAAGAUCUGGAAGAUUUGGGCUUAUCACAAUAUUAGGAAAAUAAGAUAUUGUGCUAAGGGUAUUUAACCUGAUUACCUUGGGUAGAUUUAGGUUAGCGUUGAAGAGGAUAAAGAGCUAGAGCAAGAGGUUUGUUCUUGUGAGCUUAAGAAAGACGAGUGACUUGUUAGUGCAGCUCGUGCUUCCAUUACGAGAGAUUAGAAAUUGGUCCGUCUCUAGUCGUGUGUGACUGAGAGUAAUUCGGAUUAAACAAAUCUAAGAAGAUUGUUUAACAUAUUUCUAAUAUACAAUAAAGCGUUCUUGGUGUUUUUUGUUUGUGUUCCUGUUUCUGGUGAUCUUUGAACUUUCAUUUGGUAUCAGAGCGGGAAACCUCUGUGGUAUCACAUACUACUAACAGGUUAAGAUCCUGCGGAUUUCAUGGACACCAUGAAGGAACUAUUUGGAAUUCAGAAACCUACAUGCUGGACAGUGGUAACUUCGGUCAUUGGAAGGCAAGAAUGCGACAGUUGAUCAGAGGAAUUGACGAGGAUGUGUGGACUGCAGUGGAAGAAGGUUGGUAUGUUCCUACGAUGAUGACUGAUGAAAAAACACUGGCUCCAAAGCCAAAGGACAGGUGGACUGAUCAAGAGAGCAAACAAUGAUCGAGUACCUUUCAUACCUUUUAUGUGUAAUUACAAUGUAAAACAGUCACGAGUUUCUAAGGAUACUAAAAGCACCCUUAUCGCCAAAGUUUCUCAACUUGGUAUUUUGAUAUCACCCAACUUAUCCUAAGGAGUGACUUUUACUCUCUCAAAUAAGAGGUUCAGAUGUAGUACUUAGGGAUCAAAUCAACAAAGACUCUGGGAUUACACAAUAGAUUUGAAGUUUUUGAAGUAAUGCUAGACGGUUAUGAUUAAAGCAGUAAAUGAAGCUAAAGUUUGGUGAACAAGGUAGUUGUUCAGAUGAUUGGUUUUAGGUUUUAAACAAUUAAAGAUGAAUAGCUAGAUUCAGGUGAUUUCUCAGGUAUGACAAGUAUGUCUUCUAUGAAUUAUUAUGAGUUUAUAAAUAUUAAUUGUUCUUGAACACAAACUUAAUUUAUAAUCUAUCCACUUUCGUUUGUUCAGAUUAUCCACUGUCUAGAUCUCUGAUCUCAACUUCCAUUUGUUAAUCAAGAAAAAGUUUCGAUCGAUGAUUUUAUAUGAAUAUCGAUCGAUACACCUUUUAAAACGUCAAUCGAUGUAACUGUCGUUACGCCGAUUGAUGUUUAUUCUAGCAGACUAUACAAAUGGGUUUAAUAGGUUCUCUAAUCUCCUAGACCAACUUUCAGGUGUAUCUAGUUAAUUAGAUCAUACUAGUUUAGUUUCCGGUAAUUAACCAAGCUUCCGCUUGCGCCAAUUAAUCCUAAGAUCUAAGUUCGGGGUGAUCAAGGCUAGACUGUAAGAACAACUAGAUGAAGAACUAUUUAAUUUUCUAAUUAAUAUUCAAUUCAGCAGUACAUAGAUCAACCUUUGAAGAACUCUAAAUCAAACAGUAAGACUACUCAGACAUAUUCAUAAGAAACAUUAUGAUGGUCUGAAUAAUACUCAAUAAUAUAAAUAUGAAAAGUAAACAAACUAUGAGUAAUAGAACAAGGGAGUUUAAGAUCUUCUAUGUUUAUGCAAUUCAUAUCUCUCUCUCCAAUCCUAAGCUCUCUUGCUAAGUGUAGAAAAUGGCUUCCUCUCCAAAAUGUAUCUCUCUAAAAGUUUGUGUCUAGGUAAAACAUGAAAACCCCUAAUAAAUAGCUUAAUAGGCGGCCAGGGACUUAUGGUGCAAAUCAUGAAACUUCUGGAUAAAAUUCGUAAUUUCCUUAAGUUGGCUUUGCAUAUGGCUCGGCGUCGAUCGAAAUUGAUGUUGAUCUGUUGAUCGAUGUUUUCUUCAAUAAUCGACCUCACUUUGAUGUUUUCGGCAAUGCUUCCAUGAAAGCUCAAAAUUUCUCCAAAAUCACCACUUUACUCCAAUAGGUACAUGAGUUUGUAAAUACUCUAAAAGACUCCAAAAUACAUAUAAAAUGCUUUAAAAAAUAUGUAAAUCAUAGAUAAAAAUGAGUAAAAUCCAAGGUCUAUUAACUCUCCAAACUUAUUAUUUUGCUUGUCCUCAAGCAAAAUAUAAGACAAUGGUCUGAAAAAAGGUUUUAGAAACAGCAGGGAUUCACAAAAUUUAAGGUUACUAUUCUCAAUUCUGCAAAUAUGAUAGAUGAAAAUGAAUCAUUACUAACCUUACUUGAUUCGAUGUACUACACUUUAGCUUAAUCACUAUUACCAUAUAUCUCACAACUCUACUAAUAACGCCUGAUAUACCUCUCUACUAACCUUAUUUAUGCACAAACUAAUUUCAAAUGUUCUGACACUAUACUAAAAUUCAACUUUUUACUGCUAUAGAUAUUUUCCUAAUUUUAUACUCCAUCCGUUUUAAAAUAGAUGAUGUUUUAGAAGGACUAUUUUGUUUCAGUUUACAUAAAGUUUUGAGAAUUUAAGGUUAAAUUUAAUUUUAUUGAAAACUGUUCAACCAAUUAGAUUUUACGGUAUAUUUAAUAAUUGGUCAACUGAUUUUUAAAUUAUAUAUUUAAAAUAUUUUUUUAGAAAAAACGUAAUUUUUUUAAUCUUUGUGCACUAUUACAAAGUAUUAUGAAACAGAGGGUUUUUGGCCUAAUUCACUUUUAUCUUUUUUUUAACACAGUUAAUAAUCAAUACAGCUUGGCGCAACUACACAAACAACAAUACAGAAAGGCCCAUUGCCUUUGUAAAAUUGGCGCGAGGAUAUCCCGCCUAAAUCGAGGAUACAAUCUGAUAACACAGAGUGUUAUUGUGCCCUAAAUUCCCGGCGCCGGAGAGAGAGAGAGAAAAUGGCGGGAGAAGAUUCAGACAAUCAGCCGUCGUCGCCAGCUUCACCUUCAUCCGCUGGGUUCAACACCGACCAGUUACCUUUCAGUACAAGCCAGAACUCCGAGAAUUUCUCGGAUGAAGAAGAAGCCGAGGUAGAUCCGCAAGUCAUAAGAGAUGAGCCUGAGGACGAGGAAGAAGAAGAAGAAGAAGAAGGAGAAGAUCUCUUCAACGAUAACUUCCACCAAGAUUAUGAGAAAAGAGAUGAGCAAGAUCAGUAUGAGUCUGUUGGAUUGGAUGAUUCCGUCGUCGACAACAGAGGUCUAGGUCAGAUUGCGCUUGACCGUCGCGCCGCUGAGGCUGUCCUCGAUGCUCGUGAAACUCGCCUCGCUAAUCGCAAGCUUCCUCAUCUCCUUCACGAUAAUGAUUCAGAUGAUUCGAACUAUCGACCUUCGAAGAGGGCUCGAGCUGCGGUUCCACCAAGAGGCAAUGGCCGUGAUCCUGAUGGAAACCCAAGUUCCCCACUGCCUGAUGUCUCAAUGACUGAUCAAACAGAUGAUUAUCAAGAUGAGGAUGAUGAAGCAGAGUUUGAGAUGUAUCGUAUCCAAGGCAGUCUGAGGGAAUGGGUUAUGAGAGACGAAGUGCGUCGUUUCAUUGCUAAGAAGUUCAGAGACUUCUUGCUCACUUAUGUCAAACCAAACAGUGAGAAUGGAGAAUAUGUUCGUCUGAUUAAUGAAAUGGUCUCAGCUAAUAAGUGCAGUCUAGAAAUCGAUUACAAAGAAUUCAUACAUGUCCACCCGAAUAUUGCCAUCUGGCUAGCGGAUGCUCCACAACCUGUUCUCGAAGUCAUGGAGGAAGUUUCAGAAAAGGUCAUCUUUGAUCUGCAUCCAAACUACAAGAAUAUUCACCAGAAGAUUUAUGUUCGUGUUACUAAUCUACCAGUUAAUGAUCAGAUUAGGAACAUAAGGCAGAUUCAUCUUAACACAAUGAUCCGCAUUGGUGGAGUUGUCACGAGGCGUUCUGGUGUCUUUCCUCAGCUUCAGCAGGUGAAAUAUGAUUGUAACAAGUGUGGAGCGAUAUUGGGACCUUUCUUCCAAAACUCGUAUUCAGAAGUCAAAGUUGGUUCUUGUUCUGAAUGCCAGUCAAAAGGACCGUUUACUGUCAAUGUCGAACAGACGAUAUACAGGAACUAUCAGAAGCUUACCAUCCAAGAGUCUCCAGGAACAGUGCCUGCUGGACGACUUCCAAGACACAAGGAAGUUAUCUUGCUGAAUGACCUUAUUGAUUGUGCUCGUCCUGGGGAAGAAAUUGAGGUUACUGGCAUAUAUACCAACAAUUUUGACCUGUCUUUGAACACAAAGAAUGGGUUUCCUGUCUUUGCCACUGUGGUCGAGGCAAAUUAUGUUACAAAGAAGCAAGACCUCUUCUCUGCAUACAAGCUAACACAGGAAGACAAGACUCAAAUCGAAGAGCUAUCCAAGGAUCCACGUAUAGUUGAACGUAUCAUUAAGUCAAUUGCUCCGUCAAUAUAUGGCCACGAAGAUAUCAAGACAGCUAUAGCUCUUGCGAUGUUUGGAGGCCAAGAGAAAAACAUUAAAGGGAAGCACAGACUGCGUGGAGACAUUAAUGUACUUCUACUAGGAGAUCCAGGAACAGCAAAAUCACAAUUUCUGAAAUAUGUUGAGAAAACGGGCCAGAGAGCUGUCUACACGACUGGGAAGGGAGCUUCUGCUGUUGGUCUGACUGCAGCAGUACACAAGGAUCCAGUUACAAGGGAGUGGACUCUUGAAGGAGGGGCUCUUGUACUUGCUGACCGAGGAAUCUGUCUUAUCGAUGAGUUUGAUAAGAUGAAUGAUCAGGACAGGGUGAGCAUCCAUGAAGCCAUGGAACAGCAGAGUAUUAGUAUAUCGAAGGCAGGAAUUGUUACUUCUCUGCAAGCUCGUUGCUCUGUUAUUGCUGCAGCUAAUCCAGUUGGUGGAAGGUACGAUUCAUCCAAAUCAUUUGCACAGAAUGUGGAGUUGACAGAUCCGAUCCUUUCUCGUUUUGAUAUCCUUUGUGUUGUCAAGGAUGUGGUUGACCCAGUGACAGAUGACAUGCUUGCUGAAUUUGUUGUCAAUAGUCACUUCAAAUCACAACCUAAAGGUGGUAAAAUGGAUGAUAGCGAGCCCCAAGAUGACAAUCAUGGAUCUAGCGGUUCUUCUGAUCCCGAGGUUCUUCCCCAGAACUUGCUUAGGAAAUACUUAACAUACUCGAAGUUGUAUGUAUUCCCUAAACUGAGUGAAAUUGAUGCCAAGAAGUUGGAAACUGUUUAUGCUAAUCUAAGAAGAGAAUCAAUGAACGGACAAGGGGUCUCUAUUGCGACAAGGCACCUGGAGUCAAUGAUCCGAAUGUCUGAAGCAAAUGCUAGGAUGCACCUUAGACAGUAUGUCACAGAAGAUGAUGUUAACAUGGCCAUUCGUGUCCUGCUUGACUCUUUCAUAUCAACUCAGAAAUUCGGUGUUCAGAGAACCCUGAGAGAGAGUUUUAAACGAUACAUUACAUACAAAAAGGACUACAACUCACUGCUGCUCGUUCUUCUGAAAGAGCUAGUGAAGAAUGCUUUGAAGUUUGAAGAAAUCAUUACGGGAUCAAACUCGGGACUAUCUUCGAUCGAAGUUAAGAUAGAGGAGCUGCAGACGAAGGCCAACGAAUACGACCUCGCAGAUUUACGGCCGUUCUUUUCGAGCAAAGAUUUUGCCAAAGCUCAUUUCGAGUUGGAUCAUGGUCUAGGAGUGAUCAAAUUUCCUAGAAGGCUAGUCACUUGGUAAACAAGGCAAAAGCUUCUGGCUACUAAAAACCUACUUGAGUUUUCACUAGACAUUCGAAUAUUGUUGGAUUUUUAGAAGAUUGUUUCGUUUCAAGUGAAGAUCAUAAGUUGUUCUAAGAUUUUAACUCGGUUUGUCUACCUUGAAAUCUAAACUUUGAGCCUUAGGCACCUCUGUGACGAAUUAGAACCGGCUUUGAGUUGGUCACAGAAAUCUUAUAGAUUUUGGUAUUUUAAGAUAUACAAAAAUUUUAUUUUCGAGAAGA